UGUACGUAAAACUGUACCGGCUAAUAAUAUACACGACAUACGUAGGCAAUAUUGAGAAUCGAAGACAGAUGUCGAUCUUGUAAUGACCAAAACAUGUAAAAUAUCUUCUUUAUCACGAUGCCUGAUGAAUCAAUAAAAGACAACGGUCGAGAGAAAAAUCCCAGGUAUACAGUUGGCUAGUGUGAGUCCGUUCCUCUGCAUCUUUAUCUCAGCAACUACAGCAACCAAUCCCUGACAAAGAGAGGAGUGUUCCUAAGCAGACCAGUUGGGGCUUUACCCCUCACCUUCCCUUCCCCGGCCCCCCUCUUGAUCCAGUCUGCCCUUCUUACACCACCACUAUCUGCAUCACCACCACCAUGUCUGGGUCCAAGCUAUCCACCCCUAACAACAGCGGAGGAGGACAGGGGAACCUGUCUCAGGAGCAGAUCAUCACAGGCACACGGGAGGUGAUCAAGGGUCUGGAACAGCUCAAGAAUGAACACAAUGACAUCCUCAACAGCCUCUACCAGAGCCUCAAGAUGCUCAAGAAGGACACACCAGGUGACUCUAACCUGGUGGAGGAGAAGACUGAUAUCAUCGAGAAGUCCCUUGAGAGUCUGGAGCUUGGUCUGGGUGAGGCUAAGGUAAUGAUGGCAUUGGGUCACCAUCUCAACAUGGUGGAGGCCGAGAAACAGAAGCUACGAGCUCAGGUUCGAAGGUUAGUCCAGGAGAAUACCUGGUUGAGAGAUGAGCUGGCUGCCACCCAACAGAAGCUACAGACGAGUGAGCAGAAUCUAGCUGACCUAGAGGUCAAAUACAAGCACCUGGAGUAUAUGAACUCCAUCAAGAAGUAUGAUGAAGAUCGCACACCAGAUGAGGAGGCAUCAUCGUCAGAUCCCUUAGAUCUUGGUUUCCCAGAAGAUGAUGAUGGUGGUCAAGCAGACGAGAGCUAUCCCCAGCCCCAGACAGGUAGUGGUUCAGUAUCAGCAGCAGCAGGAGGUUAUGAGAUCCCUGCCCGUCUACGUACUCUACACAACCUGGUUAUACAGUACGCCUCACAGAGUCGCUAUGAGGUGGCUGUACCACUCUGUAAACAGGCUUUAGAAGAUCUGGAGAAGACAUCAGGUCAUGAUCAUCCAGAUGUAGCAACAAUGCUCAACAUUCUUGCCCUCGUAUACAGGGAUCAAAACAAAUACAAAGAGGCUGGUAACCUGCUACAUGAUGCUCUUGCUAUCAGGGAAAAGACGCUAGGACCAGAUCAUCCUGCAGUUGCAGCCACAUUGAAUAACCUAGCAGUGUUGUAUGGUAAGAGAGGCAAGUACAAGGAAGCAGAACCUUUAUGUAAGAGAGCCCUGGAGAUCAGGGAAAAGGUUCUUGGGAAAGAUCAUCCUGAUGUAGCUAAGCAACUAAAUAAUCUGGCUCUACUCUGCCAAAAUCAAGGAAAAUAUGAAGAGGUUGAGUGGUACUACCAGCGAGCGCUAGAAAUCUAUGAGAAGAAGCUUGGUCCUGAUGAUCCUAACGUAGCUAAGACAAAGAACAACCUUGCUGCAGCUUACCUCAAGCAGGGCAAGUACAAGGCUGCAGAGACCCUCUACAAGCAGGUCCUAACCAGGGCCCAUGAGAGGGAGUUUGGUCUGAGCGCUGAUGACAAGGACAACAAACCUAUCUGGAUGCAGGCUGAGGAGAGGGAAGAAAAGGGUAAAUUCAAGGAUAACGCACCGUAUGGUGAUUAUGGUGGAUGGCACAAAGCAGCUAAAGUGGAUAGUCGGUCUCGCAGUAGUCCUACGGUAACAACUACCCUUAAGAACCUUGGGGCGCUCUACAGGAGACAAGGAAAGUAUGAUGCUGCAGAGAUACUGGAGGAGUGUGCCAUGAAGUCACGCAGAAAUGCCUUGGACAUGGUGCGUGAGACCAAAGUCCGUGAGCUUCUAGGCCAGGACCUGUCGACCGAUGUACCACGGUCCGAGGCCAUGGCUAAGGAGAGACAUCACAGACGUAGCAGUGGUACACCCAGGCAUGGCAGCACAGAGAGCGUGUCCUAUGAGAAGACAGACGGUAGUGAGGAAGUGAGUAUAGGCGUAGCUUGGAAAGCGAAGCGGAAAGCGAAGGAUCGCUCCCGAUCGAUCCCUGCAGGCUAUGUAGAGAUACCACGAAGUCCACCUCAUGUCCUAGUCGAGAAAGGGUUCGAAAAUGCACAACUUGGAAAGGUAAAAGUUUAUUAUUCUUAUGCUAGCCAUUGACGCAUCACCCAAAUAGCAUUCAUUAGAUCAGAACGCUGUUUUUCAUUGAAAAAGUAUGAUUCCUGUUUAAAAAUCAUCUUUAUUGUGAUUAGAAAUUGACUAGGCAUUGAUAUAUGGGUGCUGUGACAUUAACAUUGCUUCAUCUAUUUGAGUAAAUGGCAGCAAUGAUAAGAUAGCAUGCAACUGUGUUUUGUGCUAGACAUACCUGUAGUGUAUGGUUAGGGCUACUAAUGAUAGAAUUAAUAUAAUAUGAUUGAUCAGGACACAUAGCUAUGUUAGUAAUUACUUAGUUUUACAAGCGAAAAUUCUAUGAAGAUAGACGUAAAGAAGAAAACAAAAUCUAAGAUAGAUUGAUUAAAAUGCUCGAGAAAUUGGGUAAUUGAUUUUGGGAUUUCUUCAAAUGUACAGUUUCAUGGAUAUAGUACAAGAAAAGAAUCGUGAAGGGUUUUCAUGCUAGUGAUUCAAUUUUGAAUGCCAAAUUACAUAUUCUCACAACAUAUCAAAUGGUAUGCAGGCAACAUAACAUUAAAGUUAUCUUUUCAUUAUAUAUAUACGUUUUUUUCAAUAUCCCCCAUCUCACAAGAACAGAAAUAGACCCUAGUAAAGUAGUGCAUAUAUUAAUAACUAUUUCCCUUACAAUAGUGAUAUAGUAUGGUUUAUUAACAUUUGAAAUUAAAGCAUGUUUGUCCCAUCACUAUCAACUUGACUUAUUAUCACCUUAUAAUGUCAUCACAGUGUGAUAUAACAUUCUCGUAGAUUCAUUUAUGUGAAAAGAUUAAUCAAAUUCAGCCAUCUUCAUUAUACUUUCCCAUUUCUUCUACAUGUUCCUUAGUCGAUCAAAUUGCAUUGCGACACCCCCUUUAUUGUUACAUCCCCUUCAUAAAAUUCCUGUUGAAUAUAUAUGUACUUCCAUUACGCCAAUUUGUGGUUGUGAUUCUGAAGAUUUAAUCGAAGAGCGAUUUAAAAACGAGUGUCAGAUUUCGUGCUACUUUAGGUUAUUGCAAAUAAAAACAAAAGUAGCAAGCUUCACCAUCUAAUGAAGUCUUUAAAAAACAAAACAAGAUGACGCAAUAAGAAUAAAUGCCUAAGAACGAAGAAUUAUAUAGAGUGAUUGAUUUGCAUGAAAACAACAUUUAUGAUUUAAUAAAGUUUGUUUCAGCCUUUGAAAUACAAAGACUUAAUUUCAAUAGUCAUUUCCAUUAUUUUCAUUUAAAUUGAAAUGAAAUAAAUGUAGUUAGUAAAUUAUGCCAGAAAACC